GUACGCAAGCUCGCUAGUGUCUGCGGUAAAAUUAUUUCUCUUGGGAACUGUGUCGGAAACGUAGCUAGGCUUAUGACUAGAAACAUUUUCGCUGUUAUAAACUCUGCCAUGAAUUGGAACUCAAUGGUUUCUUUGACGCCCGGAUGUGUGGAUGAAUUAAAUUUUUGGAAGGUCAAUCUCGUUUAUAUUAACGGCGUGCCUUUGUGGCCUAUUAAGCGUAAGCCCUCGAGGAUUGUUUACUCCGAUGCCUCUAUUUCAGCCUGCGGUAGCUUUAUUACUCUUGAUGGUAAAGUUUUUCACCAAAAUUGGUCCGACUUCGAGAGAUCCCAGAGUUCUACGUUUCGU